ACCGCCAUCUUCUCAUGCAAGCUGGCUACCUAACGUUAGCUGUUGGAGACGAGCUGUUGAGAAACGGAGCGAUACCGACAAGAAAACGUUAGUCUUAUAGCUAAUAAUUGUGAAUUCGUCACAUGCCAAACUAGCUAAGUGCGUGAAGAACGGCUUUUGUCUGUUUCAGUUCUAUUACACAGUAGCUACCCGGCUAGCUAUCAAUAUUUUUUUUAACAACAGCAUCGUGAAAAUCUGUCUCGCGUUAUCGGCAACGUUACUUGCAGCCAUUUGUUCGGUGCAACGAAAGUGUUAUUUUGCAAAUAUUUAUUUUGGUGAACAAGGUUGUGGUAAAAAUGAGGGGUGGUUCUUCCUAUGGAGACAGAGACCGGGACCGUGGACGGGACAGGGGCCCUCGUUUCGGGUCGAGUCGAGGCACUCCCCCCAAGAAGUUUGGUAACCCGGGGGAGCGUCUUCGCAAGAAGAAGUGGGACCUGGACGAGCUGCCGAAGUUCGAGAAGAACUUCUACACUGAGCACCCCGAGGUGCAGCGCAUGAGCCAGUAUGACAUCGAGGAGUUUCGCAAGAAGAAGGAGAUCACCAUCAGGGGGUCAGGCUGCCCCAAACCUGUCACCAGCUUCAGCCAGGCUCACUUCCCCCAAUACGUGAUGGAUGUGCUGGUGCAGCAGAACUUCAAGGAGCCCACAGCCAUCCAGGCCCAGGGCUUCCCCCUGGCGCUGAGCGGGAGGGACAUGGUGGGCAUCGCCCAGACCGGCUCGGGGAAGACUCUGUCGUAUCUCCUGCCUGCAAUUGUGCAUAUUAACCACCAGCCAUACCUGGAGCGAGGAGAUGGCCCCAUUUGCCUGGUUUUGGCCCCGACCCGGGAGCUGGCGCAGCAGGUGCAGCAGGUGGCGUUCGAGUACGGGAAAUCCUCUCGCAUCAAGAGCACCUGCGUCUAUGGAGGAGCGCCCAAAGGACCCCAGAUCAGGGACCUGGAGAGAGGAGUGGAGAUUUGCAUUGCCACCCCAGGGCGUCUUAUUGACUUCCUGGAGGCAGGCAAGACGAACCUGCGGCGUUGCACCUACCUGGUGCUGGACGAAGCCGACCGCAUGCUGGACAUGGGCUUUGAGCCGCAGAUCCGCAAGAUCGUCGACCAGAUCCGGCCCGACCGGCAGACGCUGAUGUGGAGCGCCACCUGGCCCAAGGAGGUGCGGCAGCUGGCCGAGGACUUCCUGCGGGACUACGUGCAGAUCAACGUGGGCGCCCUGGAGCUCAGCGCCAACCACAACAUCCUGCAGAUCGUCGACGUCUGCAUGGAGAGCGAGAAGGACAACAAGCUGCUUCGGCUGAUGGAGGAGAUCAUGGCCGAGAAGGAGAACAAGACCAUCAUCUUCGUAGAGACAAAGAAGCGCUGUGACGACCUCACUCGCAGGAUGAGACGAGACGGAUGGCCAGCCAUGUGUAUCCAUGGUGACAAGAGCCAGCCAGAGAGAGACUGGGUACUGACAGAAUUCCGAAGCGGCAAAGCUCCAAUUCUCAUUGCUACUGACGUGGCUUCCCGUGGUCUGGAUGUGGAGGACGUCAAGUUUGUCAUCAACUACGACUACCCCAACUCCUCUGAGGACUACAUCCACAGGAUCGGCCGAACGGCCCGCAGCACCAACAAGGGCACGGCCUACACCUUCUUCACCCCCGGCAACAUGCGCCAGGCCCGGGAGCUGGUCCGGGUCCUGGAGGAGGCCCGGCAGGCCAUCAACCCCAAGCUGCUGCAGCUGGUGGACUCCGGCCGCGGAGGCGGAGGAGGAGGCGGCCGCUCUCGUUUCCGCGGCAGUGGCUCCAACUCCAACAACCCCAACCUGAUGUACCAGGAUGAGUGUGACCGCCGCAUGCGCGCUGUGGGCGGGGGCAGCAAGGACAACCGUAGCGGCAGCAGCGGGGCCACAGGGAGCAGCAGCUUCAGCCGGGACGGCAGAGGGGGAGGGGGAAGCCGGGACGGAGACAGGUCUUCGUCCUCCUCCUACAGGGACCGGAGUGGCAGGGACAGCAGAAACGGGGAGAGCUACACAAACGGGUCUAACUCGACCUCUUCGUUCGGGGGCAUGGGGGAGCAGUACCAGAGCUACGGCGGAGCCGCUGGCACCGGGAGCGGCCAGUACAAUUCGAGGGGCAGCUCCCAGCCCGGGGGCAGCAGCGGGGGGCAGGAUCAGUCCGGCCUCCAGCCCCCUCCGCCGCCAGCAGGACCCCAGCCCCUGAUGGCCCAGCAGUUCUCCCCACCUCAGCCCAUGAUGGGGUUCAUGGGACAGGGCCCCUACCAGUUUGCGCCUCCUCCCCCUCCCCCACCACCCCCACCUAGAAAGUAAAGCUAUCAAGAUCCUUCCCCAGAUUCCCUAAAAAGAACUCCCAACACCAGAUGUGUCCCUAAAUCCAAAUCAGAUUGUACAUUCUCAGAUUGUCAGGUCAGGGGAUUGGUUAGGUAAGGGUUAUAGUGGUUCCAUUCAGAGGAUAAGGACUUUGAGGUAACAGAAACCGUCCUAUAACCAUCCUUUGCAUGUACAGCCGAUUAGUCUUAACAUAAUGUGAGUGCAAGAAGGGACUCCACUUUAAUUUCUUUUCUUUAACCCACCUUUGUCUGUCCCCUGAUUUCUAUACCAAGAGUCCCCUAAAAACUGUUAGUUUAGAAUAACUGAAACCAGGAAUGGAUGGAAGAUUGAUAAGGUUUAGGAUUCAGCUUGUUACACCGUAGAUGCAAUGAAGUAAUAUUUCCCUUUACCAGUGGGUAGUGUUCCUCUGAUACUGGAAAAUGCCCCUUUUUUGGGGGAGGUUGUUGUAGAAGUGGUGUUAGGGAAGAUGGUUCCAAAAGAAAUCCAGUAGUAACUCAGUGGAUGCUAAAGAAACGCACAGUGUUCUGGUUCAGGAUCGAUUUCAUUUCCUGAAACGGUUUGGUUUGACUGAAAAAAAAAAAAAACUGAUGUUUAAUUUUGAUAAAUCAAAGAAAUAUAUAGCCAUGAUUACAUUUCAGCUUUGAUUUACAGGACUCUUCAUCCAUCACUCAGUUUCUUGUCUAGUACUGUAUAUUUAAGUUGCUGGCACCAAACUGUGAAGACUUUUAGUUGUGAUUUUUUUUUUUUUUGUGGUUCUCAACAUUCAUCUUCAGAAAAACUUGAAAAAGUCGUUUUAUAUACCAUUUUAAUUUUAUUUUACAAGACCUAAUUCCUGGAAUGGUUGCUUUAGUGGUUUCAAAGUAUGUUAAUUUGCCUUUUGGUCAAUGGAAGGUAGGUACUGCAACAUUGUUUUAUUUCCAUGUUUUUGUUUGUUCCAGUGUGCUUUACAUUGGUUGCUUUCAUAGCCUGCUCAUUUGCCAUUUGUGCUUUGGUUUUUUGUGCAUAGGUGGUGCUUAGCCCAGUUGUUUUGACAAGAUGAGAAUCACACCGUAGGCACAAUUGUCACAUUGCGGUUUAUCCAAAGAUCCGUUUUCUCUAAACUCUCAUGUGUAAAAGAAGUGGAAUCGGCUAAAAUAUUUGCUGAAGAGAUUUAUCAAUAAUGAAUGUUGCUGCAGUGCUUUGUUGAGAAAGGAAAGAGCAGGCUUUCACAGCUGAAUUUCUCCUGGAAACUACUUGUUGGUGGGGGAAAAACACGUUUACGUUCUAGGACAGAUGUGUUGCUUAGAAACAAAAUCAGGGAACACGUGUUUGAGAGCCGAAACACAAUUAGAUUUUUGUCAUUUUCCUCCAUUUGAUUAGAUUCUUGUUUUAGUAAAAAUUCGUUCAGUAUCGUUCAGUAUUCACUGCUGGCCUUGGCAUGUACUUAAACAUAUUUAGCUGUAAAUAUCAAGCCAGGGCUUGGAUUAGAUUUCACACAAACUCAAAGGGGAAAUUGGGUAGCUGUACUUGGUGAGCUCAUUGGACACUGUCACUGAGUUGGUCACCCUCUAAACCCCUUCAGAGUUUGUGUUUCUCUCACGCAUUCGUGUCCAUCUGUACCUAUAAUCUAUUUAAGCAUUCCAAAAAGAUGCUAGGUGAUUAGAGGGUCUCUGUGUAACUGAAACGUUCCAUUUGUUCACUUUUUAUACUGUAUGGUUUUGUUUCAGGUUUUAAUAAAGAUACUGAACGUCAA